AGAGAGAGAGAGAGAGAGAGAGAGGAUGAGUCCAAUGGUGGCAGAGAGAUCAUCAUCAGCACCUUCUUCUCGUGGAGGAAUUAUGGAUCCUAUGAGAGCUAUGAGAGCGGUGAUGAUGGCGGUGGUGAUAGUGGUGGUUUCGGGGUGGGUCUUCAUGUGGGUCAUGGCUCCGACUCGUGUGUAUGGCCAGAUUUGGUUGCCUAAGAUUCGAGCCGACACCAUUUCAACCUUCUUUGGAACACAAGGUGCAACAAUUUUGCUAUACACAUUCCCCAUGCUGUUCAUUGCUGUCUUGGGCAGUCUAUAUCUCCACUUGGGCAAAAAUAACAUUUCCGCCAUUGCAGAAAGCAAGGGAAACAAACAUAAACUGGCCGGAAUAUGGCGGCGGCCGUUGAUUGUCAAAGGGCUGGGGAUUGUGUCUCGGAUAGAGCUAGCCUUCUUUGCCAUGUUCAUUGCACUGUUGGUUUGGUCUUUCUCCACUUACCUGCGGAUCAGUUUCGCCAAGAUCACCCCUCUCUCAGCCGCGGCAAAUGGCGAACAAGUGUGGGAAUCAAAGUUGGACAGUGCAGCUCUAAGGCUAGGCCUUGUGGGGAACAUAUGCCUGGCCUUUCUUUUUUUUCCGGUGACUCGCUGCUCGUCGGUGCUUCCACUGUUUGGGCUCACGUCGGAGGCUAGCGUGAAGUACCAUAUAUGGAUUGGUCACAUUGCCAUGACCCUCUUCACGGCCCACGGUGUUUGCUAUGUUAUCUAUUGGGUUGUCACGCAUCAAAUAUCACAGAUGGUGAAAUGGGACAAAACAGGGGUGGCAAAUGUGGCUGGAGAAAUAGCUCUGUUAGCAGGACUAGCCAUGUGGGUGACUACAUUCCCCAGGAUCAGAAGAAAGAUGUUCGAGCUUUUCUUCUACACCCACCACCUCUACAUUGUCUUCAUAAUCUUCUUCGUCUUCCACGUCGGAAUUGCCUACUCCUGCAUGAUGCUCCCCGGUUUCUACCUCUUCCUUGUCGACCGUUUCCUCCGGUUCCUCCAGUCCCGGCGAGGCGUUCGGCUUGUUUCUGCCCGAGUUCUGCCGUGUGAAGCUGUGGAGCUCAGCUUUUCCAAAAGCAGAGGAUUGAGUUAUACUCCAACAAGCAUCAUGUUUAUGAAUGUCCCCGGCAUUUCCAAGAUGCAGUGGCAUCCUUUUACUAUUAGUUCAAGCAGUAAUUUGGAGCCUGAGAAGCUGAGUGUGAUCAUUAAGAGUGAAGGGAGUUGGUCUAAAAAGCUGUACCAGAUGCUUUCAUCACCAAAUUCUUCACUUGAUCACCUUGAUGUCUCCAUUGAAGGGCCUUAUGGACCCGUUUCAACUGAUUUCCUAAGGCAUGAAACAAUAGUGAUGGUGAGUGGAGGGAGUGGCAUAUCCCCAUUCAUCUCAAUCAUAAGAGACCUCACCUUCUUGACUGAAACAUUGAAAUGCAAGACUCCACAAAUUCUCCUCAUUGCUGUAUUCAAGAACUCCUCAGACCUCACCCUGCUAGACCUCCUCCUCCCCAUUUCUGGCGCUCCCAAUGGAUUCUCCAACCUAAAUCUCCAAAUCCAAGCCUACGUCACAAGAGAGAAAGAACCCAUAACAGAUAACCGAAAAACGCAUCCAACAACUGUUUGGUUCAAGCCCAAAUCCUCAAAUGCACCAAUUUCCCCUAUCCUUGGCCCAAACUCUUGGCUCUGGCUUGGUGCAAUCAUAUCCUUGUCAUUCGUCAUGUUCCUUCUAUUCCUGGGUAUUUUGACUAGAUAUUAUAUAUACCCGAUCGAUCAUAACACGAAUCGUAUCUACUCCUACUCCCGCAAAGCUGCAUUGAGUAUGUUGUUCAUUUGCAUAUGCAUAGCUACCACAGCUAGUGCAGCUUUCUAUUGGAACAAGAAAAAGGGUAGUAUGGAGAUUAACCAGAUUAAGAACAUGGAAGGGGCUUCCCCGUCGGCAUCGCCCGGCUCUUGGAUUUAUAAUGCUGAUAGGGAAUUGGAAAGCCUCCCUCAACAGUCAGUUGUUCAAUCUACCAAUUUGCAUUAUGGCGAAAGGCCUGAUCUAAAGAGGAUUUUGUUGGAGAGGAAGGAAUCGAGCAUCGGAGUCCUCGUUUGUGGCCCGAAAAAGAUGAGGCAUGAGGUUGCAAGCAUAUGUGCAUCUGGUCUGGCCGAGAACCUGCAUUUUGAAUCCAUCAGCUUCAGUUGGUAAUCUUCUCAGAAAUGCAAAAGACUGGUGUGCCUGCCGCCUAUUUCAGACGGUGAAAUACAUUGUUCGGAUGGACCAUGUCAAUGUUUGCUUGCUCUGUUUUGCAAUGUUGCUUGCCUUUUCUUCUUCUUCUUCAAGUCCAAGUUUGAAAUGUAAUUAUGCAAAUGUAGUAGGGGGAGAGACACAAAUCUCUUCUUCUUCUUCUUCAAGUCCAAGUUUGAAAUGUAAAUGUAGUAGGGGGGGAGACACAAAUCUCUUCUUCUUCUUCUUCAAGUCCAAGUUUGAAAUGUAAAUGUAGUAGGGGGAGAGACACAAAUCUCUUCCUUUGUUUGAAGAUGGAACAUAAAUAACUGAUUUCAGUUGAAAUUUUCAGA